AUGAGCUACCCAAUAAUUCUUUACCCUGAGCGUGUUCGACAACCCAUACUCGUAAGCAGCGAAAGUACCAUCAUAUCUAUGAAGGAGGAAGAGUUAUUCUCUUCUGCAUGCAUAGAAAGGGAGAAAUACAUUUACCAAUACCUUCCCAAACACAAGGACAUUCUCGAAUGCCUUGAUAUCACGGAGACCGGUCUUCGGUUCCCAUAUAUGCAGAAUGGACACCUUCGCGAUUAUAUUCGAAAGAAUUUUUCUCAUAUAGAUAGUCAGACAAAAGAUACUUGGAGACGAAACACUAUUUAUAUUAGUGCCCGCAAUUUCCUUGUUGCGGAUAAUCUCUCAAUCAAGCUUUGCGACUUUGCAGGCUCUGGCAUCGAUGAUAUGCCCUCAAUCACGUUUCAGACAGACUUAUUUGCUCUCGGAUGCCUUAAAUUCGAGAUUCUGGUUGGCUCACGCCCCUACGAAGAAAUCAGUGAUGAAGAUUGGGAAACAAUUGCAGAAAACUAUGAUCGCGGGAUCUUUCCCCAAUGCUGGACAUCCCAAUAUACGGAGUCCCGCCAACUCCUAUUGAAUAUUGAGAAUGUUGACUAUGGAAGAAAAGACACAAAAGUGGAUCUAUUGCUUGUCUCUGAUAGUGAACUUCCCAGUGAAGCACUUUUCCCGCUGGGACUGGUGUCAACUUGUAUACUUGUCUUUUGUAUUUCCCGGAGAAAUAAAUAA